UUGCCGCAAAAAUUUAUAAGUAAUAAACAGAGAAUUUGUUUAUGUUUGUGUUGUAAGUUAACAACCUAAAUGGAACAGGAAACGGUCUUGGCGAUAACUUUCGACGAGCUGGAAUGCAUUGACCAGGACGAUGUAAACCUUCUGGUGGACAUAGACACCGCUUUAAGGAUCUCCAAAGAAUCAUUGCAGGAGACUCAAAUUGUGGACGUUUUGAGUUUGUGGCUAAAGAAGCUACUGCGCGCCUAUGUCAAAGAAAAUGUCUGCUGCCAGAUGGUUUUUCUAGAGUUAAAGGAUUGGGCCCAAGAGAUGAUUGGAGCUGGCGGAGAUUUGGUGGUGGUAUUGAAUGAAGCUCGUGAUUUUCUUGUAUCAAUUAAGGAAGAAUUGAUCAAUUCCAGCGAAUCGCAAACACAGGCUACCUCAAACUUUCUACUAGCUUUAGUCCUGGGCGUAUUGGAUGAGGAAAGGGCAAUUGAACGUAGAGAUGAUAUUCCAUUGGCCAUGGAUUUGCACUUAAAUGUGCUAUCAUUGUUGCAAGGGACUACCAUUACACCCAAAUCACCUUCAAUGCAUUUAUUACCAGUGGUGCAGCAAUUGAAUACUAUAUCGGGUUUCUUAAGCUCUAGAAUUACCUAUUUGGAGGCAUUUAUCCGAACCAGCCAGACAAUGACCAAACUCUGUUUGGAUUACAAAAAUCAUAUGAAUUCUGAACAAACCAUGCCCGAGUACCUGAAGGAAACAAUUUUGCAUUUAUGUGAUACAAUAAUCAAUCAUUAUGAAACCAUCUAUAUGGAAGAAUCCCUUACAGUUCCAUUGAAGAAGAUAGAAGAAUAUCUACAAGUAACUCAACAAUAUUUUUCUAUGCUUAUAAAAAUGUUUCAAACGGGUAUAAACCCCAAAGAUAAUGCCGUUCUAGAUACCCUAAUUGAAUUGUUAAUGGGUGGCGAAAGAAAACCCUUGCAUGAUUUGGGUAAGGAUCUGAAUCGACUUUUGGCUGAAUAUGUGCGUCCCUGUAACUUACGACUAUAUGAAAUUGUCUAUAAACUGGAUAGCUUUCAGAAGCAUCUUAUUGAUUCUUUAAAUGAUCCCGAGGACAGAGAUAUUGAUUAUUUUAAUCUUUGCUUGGAUUUUAUACAUGUUAUCAUAAUAGAUGAUACAAAAAUUACUGCAUCAACCUGCCAAACAUUACAAAAUAUAUUUGAAUAUAUGUUUAAGGAUUCACGUAAUUUUGUAAUAGCCGAUCGUUAUGAUCAUAUAAUCGAGGCUUAUGGAAGUCUUUUAUAUAUAAUCGAUUAUGAACAACUACAAAAUUAUUUUUUGUUUACAUUAUUUCAAAAUACUUUGAUUAUGUCACAAGUCUGCGGCGAUAUAUUAAACAUAUGUUUUCGUUUGCAAAAAUGGACCAGAAAUUCUUUGGCAGAGGCUCUAAACUAUUGGGAAGCAAUGAAUAACUCUUAUGCAAUGUGCUCACAAAAUGUUAGCCGUUGGCAAGUUAAACGUUUGCUCAAAUACUUUCAAGGACUAAUGCACAAGCAGGACACUCCUGAACAGCAGAUACUAGGGCGUGUGCUAAGUAUCAAAGAUGAAGCUCUAAAUCGCCUUAGUUUACACUACGAGCUGGUAAACCACUUGCAAGAAAUGGCUGACAGACAAGUGCAGUGUCCAAAAUGGUUUCAGCAAUCCCUCGAUGUAAGCCGUCAGUGUCUUAGCAUGGACAAUUCUACUGCAUUUGUCAAUGCUUAUUUUAGUUUAGCUUUGGCCCAGCAACAACAGGCCACAAAAUUACUUAUCCUAAGAGGCUUAAAUCCCAAGGCAAUUGGUUGUAAAACGUGGCAGGCCCAAAAGUUUCUAUUCAACUGCCAGCAGAGUCAUGAUGUUCAACUCAAGGCCUUCAGUUCACCUUACGGCCUACUGCCAGAACUUUCAGCUUUACUAGAGCUAGAGAGGAGCAAAGAGUUUAAACUGGAUCCUAAUCCAGAGAGAUUUGAGCAUGUCUUUACUAAUUUUCUUUAUAAGCCACGCCAGCAUAAUUGUAAUCUGAAACGUAAGAUUUCAAAUGAUGAAAGUGAAUUGAAACAAUUAAUUGAACAACUCUGUGUAAACUCUCAACAAUUAAAAGACUAUGCAAGUCAAUUGGAUGCUUUGGAUUUAGAAAAUGUCAAAAAGAUUAUUAACAAUCUAAAGAGCAUUGAUUCGUCCUUGAACUGAAUACAUAUGAUUAAAACAAAA